GUGAGUGUGUCAGGCUCAGCAUUAUGCAGCAGCAUGUUGUCUGAACACAACAAUCAAUAAAACAUGACACAGUGGCCAUUUUGGAUCAAAACUGUGUUUACACCUGAAAUGGAUUUCAGGCUUCUGCUCUGUGAAUAGAAACUUGAAGAAGCUUUGCAUGUGUGGCUUCUCAGAGAAGACUUAAUCCCCUAGUAUUGAACGUUUUCAUGGAGAUCUGUAAAGCUUGGACGACAUUAUUCAGAACUCGGCCGAAGCCGCCGAGCUCCGUGUUGGAGACCGCAACACCGGGCGGAAUGACGCGCGCCUUGUUCCAAGUGCUCACGGCUCUGCUCGCGUGCGCGCUGGAAAUACAUCAGCUCAGAGUUAUAGCAGCAAAGGAGAACGACAGGCGUGGACCUUCGCUGACAAUGUCACCAUCUGACUUCCUGGACAAACUGAUGGGGAGGACGUCAGGCUACGAUGCAAGGAUAAGACCGAACUUCAAAGGUCCCCCCGUAAACGUCACCUGCAACAUUUUCAUCAACAGCUUCGGCUCGAUCACAGAGACCACCAUGGACUACAGAGUGAACAUCUUCCUGCGUCAGAAGUGGAACGACCCGCGUCUGUCCUACAGCGAGUACCCAGACUCCUCGCUGGAUUUGGACCCAUCCAUGUUGGACUCCAUUUGGAAACCCGACUUGUUCUUCGCCAAUGAAAAAGGCGCCAAUUUCCAUGACGUCACCACUGAGAACAAACUGCUGAGGAUCUUCAAGGAUGGAACCGUUCUUUACAGCAUCAGGUUGACUUUAAUUCUGUCCUGUCCAAUGGAUUUGAAAAAUUUCCCAAUGGAUGUUCAGACGUGCAUCAUGCAGCUGGAGAGCUUUGGCUACACAAUGAACGAUCUGAUCUUCGAGUGGUUAGAGACGGGGCCGGUGCAAGUUGCCGAGGGUCUGACGCUGCCUCAGUUCAUCAUGAGGGAGGAAAAAGAGCUCGGCUACUGCACGAAACACUACAACACCGGCAAGUUCACCUGCAUUGAAGUGAAGUUCCAGCUUGAGAGGCAGAUGGGUUACUACCUGAUCCAGAUGUACAUCCCCAGUCUGCUCAUCGUCAUCCUGUCCUGGGUGUCCUUCUGGAUCAACAUGGACGCCGCUCCGGCUCGAGUGGCCCUCGGCAUCACCACCGUCCUCACCAUGACCACUCAGAGCUCCGGCUCCAGAGCAUCGCUGCCAAAGGUGUCGUAUGUGAAGGCUAUAGACAUCUGGAUGGCCGUGUGUUUGCUGUUUGUCUUUGCUGCCUUGUUGGAGUACGCUGGAGUGAAUUUUGUCUCGAGGCAACAGAAGGAGUUUCUCCGUCUCAAACGCAGACAGAGACGAAACAUCAAGGAUGAGGAGCUAAGAGAAGGACGUUUCCAUUUCUCCGGCUAUGGUAUAGCUCCAUGUAUAAAGGAUGGCAUGGCGGUGAAAAGCGACAGCGGCGUGCAGCAGACUUCAGUGGAGAACAAUAAGAGGAAGUUUGUGGACAGAGCAAAGAGGAUUGACACCAUCUCAAGAGCAGCUUUUCCUUUGGCCUUUCUCAUUUUUAACAUCUUCUACUGGAUCACGUACAAAAUAAUCAGACACGAAAACACCGCCAAAGUGUAGCAGUGAGGAGAGGAGGCAUUGUAGCAUCGUGAUGUCCACUAAAAACAGCAACCAAGGUGCAGCAGCUGCUUGUCGAUUUCAAUCAGGGAUUAAAGGCAUGGCCAGGGUUUAUGGAAGGUUUGUGAACGCUCUGUAAGCCAAAGCCAGGAAAUGAGCUCCGUCUGUAAGUAAUGGGAGAGCGAGAACAUUAGCUUUAAUUACAAGGAUUUACAUUUAUAUUGGGGAACUGUACAGGAAAUAUGAUUUAUUUUAAAGAGCACAAGUAAAAGAGUCAAAGACUGAAUAGUGAUAAUUAGCACUUCUAGCUGAUAUGACCAUUUCUAUCAAAUACAACUAGACUUUACUAGGAGUGGAAUGAGCAGGUAUUAUCUUAUGUACGUCAGUCCCAGUUAAAGAGCUGUGACCUUUGUGUGUGUCGGUCUCACAAUAGGAGACGUGUGUGUUUUGGUUUCAGCAAAGCAAUGAUGGCCUAUCUGAAGCCCAGAGAAGGAGGCGUGGCCUGUGUGAGUGCCAGUUAAUCCCAGAGAAAAGACCAAGGCCUUUUCAUUUGACAAUCCCAGUGAAGGAGGUGUGGCCUAUGCACCUUAGUCCCAGUGAAGAGGGUGUGGCCUAUGAAGGAGGCAUUGCCUUUGUGUCUGUCAGUCUUAAAGAAGUAGGUGUGGCCUUGAUACCUCUAUACAAUAUAUUGCACUGCAAAACACACACACACACACACACACACACACACACACACACACACACACACACACACACACACACACACACACACACUAGCUAGUGCUAUUUAUUUAGUUUGUUUGACAGACUUCAGGUUGAGUAAAAAUCCUAGACAAUUCCACAUUUUGGCCUCAAACCCACUGUAGUUACGGUGAACUCUCCGUCUCUUAUCCACACGCUCGGGCUGAAUCCAGGCUGCUUAUGUUUCAAAUUCUUUAGACACCUAAAGAAAAUGUUUUCUUUCCCUGACUUCCUUCAUCUGCUGUAGAGCUCAAAAAUGUCUCCCAGACUCCCUUUGAAUGAUCAAUAUGUUGUAGUUUUUAAAGAAAACCAGUGUCCUGAUCUCCAUUUACCAGUGAAGGCAUGACUGAUACUGCAGUCUUAAACAGGACACACACUCAGUGCUCGAGUGCUUAGGAGCAGCAGAAUACAUGCUCUUCAUUACUUAUACACAUCAGAUGAUGUUUCUAGGUUCCAUUUAUCUAUUUGGCAGAUGUGCUUAUCGAACUUGCUGUACAACUGAAGCACUGAGGCGAGGGAAUGGAGUCUUCCUCAAAGACUUCAAAGGAUUUGAGAUCACAGUCUUCUGGUUGCUCAGUUUUCUUCCAUCCAGUGAAAAAGCAAAGGCAAAAAAAGCAUGAGGAAGACCUUCACUCACAUCAACCAUUUGAUGAUUCAUUUUGCAAAUUUGUCCUAAAACAAGCAGUAAGCCAUAAGCACAGCCCUUUGAACCAAAACAUUACAGAAGUGAACAGUUAGUGAACCAGACAGUUCCUGAAGGAAUCGCUGUUUCUACACUACAAGAACCAUUAACGUUCCCUCACACUAGUCAGCAGGAUUAGUUUUACAUGCAGUAAGGUACGGUAAUCUUAUUGCUUGGUUAUCUCUGGGAAUAGCUCUAGAUUAUUUGGAAAUAUUACAUAUAGCUUACAUUUACAGGUCAUUCUGUGAAGUUUGCAUUGAAGCCAUCGGACUUCAGGAACACAACCAAACCCUAACCCUAACUAUUGAUUAAUUCUGGAUAUCUUUUAUAUACUAUUACUCAUCUUAUCCCUACUACUGAUCUAAAGACACACCACUGGGCAAGGACUGUCCCCAUAAAAACUGUCUACCUAAUAUAAAUGUGAACACCCUUGAAGUUUCGAGACAUUAAAGCUGUCCCAAUGCCUACAGUAUGGACAGCCAGGUUACAGGCCAAAUUCAAAGUGACAACACUGCCAGAAUAUUUGUAUUAACCACAAAAACAUGUAAGUAUUCUACUGGUUUUUAUGAGAUUUAAUAUAAAAUGAAGAUUAUCCAGUUUUUCUAAAAUAGACUUUGGACAAGUUUGUACAGAAUUCAGUCACAGUCCCUAGACAUUGGCCAGGUCGUCUGAGAGUGUGAUACCGUUAGGCCUUAGACAUGCUCACAUGCUCAUUAAUGUAUCUUUCUAGUUCCUCACUUUCUGAGCAUUUCUUCAACUGCUUAUGUUAAUGAAUAUGGAUUGUGUUUGUACUUUAAACAACAUUCAAAUAAAGUAGUAAAAAUAA